AUGUGUUGUGUGCUGCGGAGAUUAUUUAUAAACAUUAUCAAAAUGAAUCCUGCACCAGCCAAAUGGUAUGACAAGCGAGACGCUGUUUUUGUCGAGUUCUGUGUUGAGGACAGUCGAGAUGUCAAAAUACAUUUUGACAAAAGCAAGAUGGAUUUCAGCUGUAUUAGUGGAAAAGAUAAUGUCAAACAACAUAAUGAAGUCGAAUUUUUUGGAGAAAUAGACCCAAAAGAAUCCAAGCACAGACGUACUGACAGGUCUGUUAUAUGUUGUGUACGGAAGGCCGAACCAGGGAAAACGUGGGAGCGACUCACCAAAGCCAAAGCAAAGUGCAACUGGUUGAGUGUUGAUUUCAACAACUGGAAAGACUGGGAAAAUGAUUCGGAUGAAGAUUUGGCAGGGUUUGACAAGUUUUCAGAGAUAAUGAAAAACAUGGGUGGGGAUGAUCUUGAUAUAGAUGAGCAUGAGUCUGGAGACAGUGACGAUGAACAAAUGCCUGAUCUUGAGUAG